CGACAUGACACAUACAGGCCCAGAGGCGGGAGAGCGGCGCGGUCUCACGUGCUGGCUGCUGGACACGAGGGCGUUGUGGCCCGGGGAGAGGAUUGCGGAAUCGGCCAAGGAGGCUCUCUCACUGAUCUCUCAAGAAGAAAGAGAAACCAUACUACGAAAAUACCAUGUAGCCGACGCAAAGAUGAGCUUAGCCUCAGCCCUGCUGAAGAGGCUCUUCGUCCACAAGACCCUAGGCACCCCCUGGAAAGAUAUCACAUUCGGCCGCAAACGCAAUCCCAAGCACGGCAAACCUUGCGCCCUACUCCCUCCACCACUCCAUGGCCCUGCACCUUGCGAAUUCAACAUCUCCCACCAAGCCGGCAUUGUCGUACUCGUAGGAUGUAAGAUCGAAGACAUCGAUGCCGAACUAGGCGUUGACGUUGUGUGUGUCAAUGAGCGCAACGAAGGGAAGAUGAUCGACGAAGAAGGCUUCGAGGCGUGGGUCGACAUGUAUGCCGGCAUCUUUAGCCACGAAGAGACGUUCGAUAUUAAGUACAGUGUCUCUGCAUUUCCGUUGCUGGAUGGAACCAUAGUCACGCCUAAGAUGCUGGGAAGGCACGAUCGGUGCUGCUCGAAAGGGAAAGAGCUUUCUAUUACCUUGGCCGACGGAUCGGAGAGGACGUUCAGCAGUGCUCUGCUGCUAGAUGCGAAGCUGAGACGGUUCUACACAUUCUGGUGCUACAAGGAAGCGUACAUCAAGCUCGAUGGCGAAGCGCUAUUAGCUACGUGGAUCCCGGAAUUGGAAUUCAAGCAUGUCCGUGCUCCCAGAGCGGGCACACCGCCGCGAUGCAGCACGCAUGGAGUAUGGGGUGAGCGCAUCGAUGAUGCCGAAGUGUGGUUCAAGCACACACACAUGAGAGAAUGCCGAUUAGAGAUACAUGCGUUCGAAGAGAACUUUAUGAUUGCCGUUGCAGCAAAGGAGAGGAAAUGGGAGAGUGGAGAUGCGGUACUGCCGGAGGUGUUAACCGAAUUCACAGGCUUGCAUCUUGAGGGGGACGUCAUGGAGGUCGCGAGAAGGGCAUAGCAAAGGCGCAUAGAUCUCAAGCCCAAACAGUUAAAACGUGAUAUUGCAAAGGCAAUUAGAGACCUGCUGAUGAGGUACGUUCAACGCUCUAGCAGCGCUGUGGAUACUGCGAAAUUGGCCAGCAUAGAAGGCCUGGAUAGCAAGGAUAACUCUGCCUUCUCUAGUAGUUUUCUGAAGUUGUUGUUGUUGAGGCAUGUUGUGUUAGGGUAAAAUGUGGUUGUGCUAAGAGAAA